AAUGUUAUCACAAAAAAAACGUGUUUUCUCAUUAAUAAACUCUUAAAAAAGUAUGAUGUUUACCUCCUCCGAUCACUAAAUAAGCUGUGAUAGAGUGUUGGUUUUCACGAAUUAUCGUAAAGGUGUAUUGAUGUUUUAAAAUAAUAGUCUUACAUCUGGUCUGGAAUUAUUCGUCCAGCUUUCGCACAGAACUGUUGACAAUGUGCAGCGGAGUCGAAGCAUAGCGAGAUUGAAUAAGUCUGAUGUUCCGUUUAAUCAAACCAAAAUAUGGAUGUACCAGAUAAAGAUAGGCCGCUAAGGAAAGACCGGACACAAAUAAAAAUUGUCUUUGAAAAGGAGAUGCAGAACGAUGUCACUCCAACUAAACUUAUUGAUGAAAGCAUGCCGAAUUAUGCUAUGCUGCAUGCAAAGAAAGCGAUUGCGUUUGGAGGAAUGAGUCGAGAAAACUCGUUUGACAAUUUAAUAGAGGAAAAGCAUAAAAAAGAUUUGUUCUUUUCUGUUGACAAAGUUAAAUUUGAGGAUCUUUAUGAUUGGGGAAAUCGAACCUCGGAGUCAAAUAAACCAAAAACUGGAACAUCCGUCGUUUGUAACAGAACUAAAAUAGCUCUCUUUCGGUAUGAUCGAGAAGUUUUUGCUAUUGAUGAAAAGUGUCCCCACAUGGGAGGACCAUUGCAUCUUGGUGAUAUCGAAGUGUUAGGGGAAGCAAGUAUACUUUGUGUGGUUUGUCCUUGGCAUAAAUGGCGUCUCGAGUUGACUAGCGGCAGAUUAAAAAUGCCGUCAGGUCGUGGUAUUCAUAAUAACGUUUAUCCUACAAGAGUCUCGCCUGAUGGUAGAAUUAUGAUUGGAUUCAGCGAAAUAUCCCCAGAACUAUUUUCAGGUGACGAUGAUGACUUUUAGCCUUUUAAACAAAGUAUUUUUUUUUAAUUCUGGUAAUAUUAUUUUUAUAGUUCUCUAGUCAGAAUGCCUGUAUUAUAGGUUUUAGCUCAGUACUUGGAGUUUUUAUAAUGAAAAAAUACUCUUCGUUCUAAUAUUGACUUUUUUAACAGCUGUGAGAGUGUGUUAGUCCUCUCAGGACUUUUGAAGUGAAUAUUUUAUUAAAAAAGAAACGUGUAUGUACAUAUAUAUAUAUAGUUAAUACUAAAAUUAUUUAUGUUGGGUAGAGAAACAAAAGUUUUAAGUUGUAUCGAUAAAUCCUGUUUAGCCCUUAUAAACCAAAAACAUUUGCGGAAAUUAAAUUUUGUGCUUGAGAAUCUGAUCAAAGUUUCGUUGGAGUUUAUUUUUUUUUGGUUAAUUUUCGAAAAUUGCGUUCGGGAAAGUAUGUGCACACAAUCUUUUUAACUCUAUUCUGGCGCCUGACAGUUUUUUUACUGCUGUUUAGUGUAAAUUAUUUUUAGCUUGCGAUCGAUUUUAGGUUUUAAUUAUGUAAUUAUGCAUUGAUUACGUAUAGUAUAAAUUAUAGAUAUUUAGUAGUGAUAACACAGUCCUAUGCAAAUAUGUUUAUUAUCUAAAGCUG